AUGCCUUCCAUGCUUCAGGUCUUCACUUUCGCUGUACUUGUUGAGGCAGCCUGGGGCGAAGUAGAGCGUAGUAACCACCGGCUUCUUCGACAUGAACAGGGACGCAUUGGCGUCAAUGUGGAGGUAAGUUCUGGAGGACUCAACGAGAUCCAGGUUCACUCCUUGCCCAACUCUUCGGCUGAAGGCCAUGUGACUCUGACAGCGCGCUUGGGGUUUGGGGUCCCAGAAUGCAAGAAGAUCUUGAAGAAGGGCCGCGCUCUCCUCCAGUCUUAUGCAAAUCAGCUGAACACCGAAGGAUUCUUAGGCCACAGCCACAUGCCGGCUGUGAAUGAUGCCUUUGCAGCCUUAGAAGGUGGAAACGCCACCGACGAGUCCUUGGAACUCAUCAUGGCGGCUUUUGCAAAUUUGACGCUCAAAAGUGCCCUGAAGACGGGCAAUGUUUGGACUGCCACGGAUCAGAGCCAAUUCUUUCACUCGUGCUUCCCGGGUCUGACGCCCUUCAAAAACCUAGAGGAGCAUAACUUCUUUGGAGAUAUCGAAACGCAGGCCUUCCAGGAGCCCACCGUAGAGCUUCCGUCGGAGGACCCCAAGGUCGAACUGCACGAACUUCGAUACUGCUUCCGAGUUGGCACUGCUCCAGCUGUCAAAAGAGCUGUGACGGCUGCAAAGAUACACAUUGAAGAGCAGGUCCCUUGCCUCAAGCUUGUCGGGGUGAAAGCCAAGCCUGCUGGCGGCUGUGUGGUUCCCGCUGUGGAGAUCAGAGAUGAAAACAGUGGAUGUUGGUCCGCAUACCAGAAGGAUGCAGAGGGCAAGACUUCUGGCACACUCCUCAACCUUGGCCGAGGCUGUGAGAUGAAGGGCAUGGUGGUCCACCAGCUCUUGAAAAUCCUUGGCAUUCGAAAGGAGCUCAACCGAGUAGAUCGAGACAAGUACUUGAAAGUUCGAUUGGAAGAUCUCCGCGAGCCCUGGAUGGAGAAGUUCUUCAAAAGGAGGCAAUCUCCGGCCGUGGAGGCUUACGAGAAUGACCCUUUUGACUACUUGAGCAUCAACAUGUACCCUGCGGAGGCCUUCACCAAUGGCAACCACUCCCUGGAAACACUGAGCAAUCCAUUUCUGGCCCGGUUUCUGGGACAACGCCUGGGCCUCUCAGAGCUGGACGUGGAAGCUUUAGGUGACUUGUAUGGAUGCCCUGCACAGAUCCGACCCCGAAGUUCAACCCGAGCACUUGCAGAGCUCUUCUUGCAGGGUCGAGGGAUGCGCUAUGAUGGAAGUUGUACCGACCAUCCUGAAGCCUCGCGGAACUUGACGCUCUGGGCUGAGCGAACCGUGUGA